UACGGCGCGCGACGAGGGUCAUUUCCAACCUGAACGCGCUGGCGGAGGGGCCGCAGAGGGGCAAGUUGCGAGUGCCGUGGAUUCCGAGGUGCUGUGGAUUCCGAGGUGCCGCCUCCCAGGCCGUAGGCUUCUGCUGCGCGGUUGCCGCCCGGACCCGGGUCUGAAGGCCUGGUGGACAGGCCCGAGGCGGCGCGGCCAUGGACUUCUCCAAGUUCCUGGCCGAAGACUUCGACGUGAAGGACUGGAUCAACGCAGCCUUCAGGGCCGGCCCCAAAGAGGCGGCGGCGGGGAAGGCGGACAGCCACGCGGCCACCCUGGUGAUGAAGUUGCAGCUGUUCAUCCAAGAAGUGAACCACGCCGUGGAGGAGACGAGUCUCCAGGCCCUUCAGAACAUGCCCAAAGUGCUCCGGGAUGUCGAAGCCCUUAAGCAGGAGGCAUCUUUCCUGAAAGAACAGAUGAUUCUUGUCAAGGAGGACAUUAAAAAGUUUGAACAGGACACAUCUCAAUCAAUGCAGGUGUUGGUUGAAAUCGACCAGGUGAAGUCCAGGAUGCAGCUGGCUGCGGAAUCGCUCCAGGAAGCAGAUAAGUGGAGCACAUUGAGUGCUGACAUCGAGGAGACAUUUAAAACUCAGGAUGUGGGUGUGAUUUCAGCCAAGCUAACAGGUAUGCAGAACAGCUUAAUGAUGCUUGUGGAUACUCCAGACUACUCGGAGAAGUGUGUGCACUUGGAGGCUUUGAAGAACAGGUUGGAGGCCUUGGCCAGCCCCCAGAUCGUGUCUGCAUUCGCCGCUCAAUCCGUAGAUCAGGCCAAAGUGUUUGUGAAGAUAUUUACUGAGAUUGACCGGAUGCCCCAGCUUCUGGCAUACUACUACAAGUGUCACAAGGUGCAGCUGUUAGCAGCCUGGCAGGAGCUGUGCCAGAGUGACCUGCCCCUGGACCAGCAGCUCACUGGAUUCUACGACGCCUUGCUAGGUGCUUGGCACACACAGAUCCAGUGGUCCACACAGGUUUUCAAGAACCCCUACGAGGUGGUGACGGUGCUGCUGAUUCAGACCCUGGGGGCCUUGCUGCCCUCUCUGCCAGUCUGCCUCAGUGCCAGCGUGGAGCGGGCAGGGCCUGAGCUGGAGCUCACCAGCCUGCUGGAGUUCUAUGACACCACUGCCCACUUUGCCAAGGGGCUGGAGAUGGCGCUGCUCCCCCACCCACAUGAACACAACUUGGUCAAAGUCAUGGAGCUGGUGGAUGCCGUGUAUGCUCCGUACAAACCCUACCAGUUGAAGUACGGUGACAUGGAAGAGAAGAACCUACGCAUUCAGAUUAGCGCGGUGCCUUUGGAGCACGGAGAGGUCAUCGACUGUGUGCAGGAGCUGAGCCACUCCGUGACCAAGCUGUUUGGUCUGGCGUCCGCAGCCGUGGACAGAUGCAUCCGAUUCACCAAUGGCCUGGGGACCUGUGGCCUGCUGACAGCCCUGAAAUCCCUCUUUGCCAAGUAUGCGUCUGACUUCACCAGCACGCUCCAGUCAAUACGGAAGAAGUGCAAGCUGGAUGAGAUUCCUCCCAACUCCCUUUUUCAAGAAGACUGGACAGCUUUUCAGAACUCCGUUAGGAUAAUAGCCACCUGUGGAGAGCUCUUGAGGCAAUGUGGAGACUUUGAGCAGCAGCUAGCAAACAGGAUCCUGUCCACAGCCGGGAAGUAUCUCUCCGACUCCUAUAGCCCCCGGAGCCUGAGCGGCUUUCAGGAAAGCCUCCUGACAGACAAGAAGAGCUCUGCCAGGAACCCAUGGCAGGAAUAUAAUUAUCUCCAGAAAGAUAACCCUGCUGAAUAUGCCAGUUUAAUGGAGAUACUUUAUACCCUCAAGGAGAAAGGGUCAAGUAACCACAACCUGCUGUCCGCGUCUCGCGUGGCUCUGACCCGCCUGAACCAGCAGGCCCACCAGUUGGCUUUUGACUCCGUCUUCUUGCGCAUCAAACAGCAGCUGCUGCUCGUUUCCAAGAUGGACAGCUGGAACACGGCUGGCAUCGGAGAAACCCUCACCGACGACCUGCCCACCUUCAGUCUCACCCCUCUCGAGUACAUCAGCAACUCUAGCACAGUCGCUCGAAAAGUCCCCGUGCGUAAGGAACGCUGCACGGGCCUAAGAGACCCAGCUGCCUGGACCUCGCCUGCGGGCGGCUCCAGGAAGCCUUAAGGACGAUUUUGAGGUGGGUGAUUUCUGCCUGACACUCUCGCUUCAGCCCACCCUGUGUAAGUGAUGACUCUACUGUAGCAGAUACAGGGGGGCCUUCAAAGUCACUCAUGUUCAUUUGGGAGGAUGGGAACAGUGUCACGGCCAGGAGGAAGCCGACUUCUGUUUCCCAGCACUGCCCAGCAUCCUGUGCUGACGAGACUGUCCAAACGUGGGUGGGCUUUGUGACCAGGGGGAGUAAUCUUGUUUUUUAGAAUUGAGACAAGGUGCAUCACGGUCUAUAUUGACUCAGGAAGUGAUGUUACUGGAAGGUACUUGAGAGAUGACCAAAUUGAUUUUAACGGUGGAGAAGCUGAGAUAUAGGGGAGUAUGGAAGGCUGGGCUGCGUCUCCAGGCUGGCCCUUCCCUCCUGUGGCGACCCCCUGAACUCAGUCCCCACCUGAACUCAGGAAGGAACAUGGACGGGACACUCUGCAGGGACAGUGCUCGCUCCUUGUUGGGGCCAUGAGGCCGUGUGCGGUCCAGGCUGUUCAGGGCGCCGCUGGCCGUUGCCUCCACACAGGCAAGCCCUGCUCUGGGCACUGGGAGUGGGGGAGGGAGCCAUUCCUCCAGCGGCUGCUGUGAGGACGCCAGUUGCCUCACGUCUGUGUCACCCAGAACGAAUUUCAUCCUCACCGCAGUCUUUCCAAGUAAGUAUUAGGUCAUCCUCAUUUCAGAGGUGAUGCAACCAAAGCCCUAGCAGAUUAGGUAAGUUGCCCAGUGUCACACGGUGGUGGAGCCAGGACUCAAAUCCAAGUCCAGUGACCACAAAGCUUGUCAUAUUUCCCCGAAUCACCACACUUUCCUGGAACAGGGUGUGUAUCCAGGACUGUUUAUGGAAUAUGCGAGGAUAGUGGACCAAGAGCCACGGGUAUGAUGACAGGAAUCCCUUUCUGCGCUGAUUUCCACUGAGCAAAUAUAGACAGAGCUCCUGCACGAAGCCUGGACACAUGAUAUCUGUCUGGAAACCACAGUCACCCCCAGGAUCUAAGGGCAAUUAACUGGCCUUUGAGAUGUCAGAUUUUUGAGAUCUGCACCACAGUGGCACCUUGCCUUGGUGAAUCCCCUCAUCCCCACAGAACUGUGUGGGCACUGUAAGGGGAUGAAAGAGGAGGAAAUGUUUUGAAAAAUUAAAAACAGUACAGGCACGAGGUAUAGUGACGAAGAUACAUUUGUUCAAGUAGUGCUGGGUCCGAGGACUAGGCUCGGCUGCAGAUGAAAGGUGCACCAGGUUCAGGAGCGUGCACGUGGCAGGUGUUCUGGGAGUGCUUGUUGGACGGAGACACGAGAAGAGCCACAGCGCAGGGUUCUGACACUAGGCUGCCAUCCUCGCAUGCCCCCGACCGCUCGCCUGCCCCUUUGCACCGUGUCUGGAGUGACAAACCUGACAUGAGAUUGAGAAAUUCGGUCAGUUGAAAGUGAAGACAGAAACACAAGAGCAAAGUCCAUCACCUUCAAAAGAAAUGCUCAGAUAGGAGACAGAAGCAGGCGGUUGCGGCGAGGCGUGCGGGCCAGCUCUGCUCACCCUCUGCAUGCGGCCGCUGGGUCUGCGCAUCUCAGCUGUUCACUUUGUGAGAUGCAAAGAGGUCGUGUCAGGUUUACAUCACUGCUGCCCUGUUCCCAUCUCAGGACGGAGAAACUGCUGGGGACGAGGGCUGCACCUGCUGCUCCUGUCUGCCCAUCAGGCUGGCAGGGAAAGAAAGAGCUUGUCUGAUGUGAAGGAAGAAACUGGGGGCAGGCAUGGAAUCCAGAGUAAAAGCCUACUGCUCCUGAGGGCUGAGAUACACAGUUUAAUCGAGGGCCUUUUUUUUUUUUUUUUGUCCAAAUCAUUUUAAUUUUUGGAACGCACAAUUUUAAAAAUAUAUAAGUAAAUAAUUUCAAAGCCUGAAAAAAAUUGGAGAAACUCCAACCUUAGAAAUUAGCCUCCUUCUCUUUCUCUAGCCUUCUGGAAAAAUGAUGAUUUUGUUGCCAUUUUUAAGCUGAAAUGGGCAGUGCUUCUUGGUAUAGCGAUAGUGACCAUUUGCCUGGCUUGAGUGAACAAUUGCACUAAGUAAAUGAAUGUGGGAAAGGCUGAUUUAUUUUGCCAUCUGUGUACCUCUUUUUUUUUAAAGAUUUAUUUAUACAAGAACUGGCGUAUAGUCAGGGGCACAGGAGGGUGAGGGGAUUCACCAGAGACAGAGCGGGGGCCAGAACAGGCAGAUGGACCAAAGACACUGCUGAGGGGAGCAGUGGGCGGGGCAGGAGAGGUCUGCUGUGCCAUGUGGGUUGCUCCCUGGCUGGCCAGGGAUCGAACCUGUGCUGCAGAGGCUGCGGACAGCAUCACAGUGCGGCUCUCAACCCGCUGCGCCACCGGGGAGGCCACAUCUGUGCACCUCUUUGAAGGGAGCCAAACAAACCAUAUUCUGUUAGCGCCGUGGACCAUCGCGUGUUCAGACUUAUCACCGACAGACCACGUUAGUGCUGGGAAAUGAGGGUGGUCAUGACCCAGCAUGUGGUCCUCUGGACUGGGGGGACUCUGGAUUCUGCAUCAGCUUCUGGACCCCACUCUCUAAGAGGGACCUGCCCCUAUGGGGUUGUGUGCGAGGCCAGUUGGAGAACUUACCUUGAUUGUCCUUGAACUCAGAGCCUGAGAGUCCGCAUCAACUCUAAGUGCAGAUGAACGCACGGGAUAAAGGUGGACCCCAAAACAACAGGCUCAAGGAACUUUUAAAGAUACAUGUGUAUGAUGUCAUUGUAACCCAAAACAUCAACCUUAUUUUGGAACAAAACACGUACUCGCCCUAACACAAAACCGUUGUGAGUCGGAACAGAAACAGGUGUCUAAGUGUCCCGGUGUGGCAGGCACGCGGAUCUGAGGGACACACGACAAGCCCUGAGGGUUUCGAUGAUCUUCUUUUCCCAGAGUUUGUAUUAUGAAAACAGUGUCAUUUCCUCUCCAGAUUAAUUUAUAAUUAUAAAUGGCUUUUUUUCUCCCCAAACGAUUCCUUCCUUCUCUUGGAAGGGAGAGACUGGACCCAAGUCCACAACACAGGAUUUCAGUUCGUGCUUGGCUGUGCGCUUGUUGACAUUAGCAUCUGGUUGCCAUCUGUGUACCUUUUGUCUGUGCACAGUAAUAAUGACUUAUAUUUACAUAAGCGCUUUAAAUUUGACAAAAUUUACACUUUGGUAUCCAUGACCUCAUUUGAGGUAGAGGUUGCACUGAGUGCAUUCCAAGAUGCGGGGGGCCGUUAGCGAGAGGGGUGAACCCACGCUCGCCAGGCAAAUACCGUUGAUUUCUUUCAAGGUGUUGCCGUAUCCAGUGUCCCCACAUGCCGGAAAGGGCAGGCUUGGGGCGCCCCAGGCCUGGGGGUUUAGUCUCGCUGCCAUUUGCCACGAACACACUGCGUGGAGUCAUUAUCUGGUGGAGCCAGUGUGGGGCUGACAUGCUUGGUU